AUGGGUGGCGGUCUCGAUCCCAAACACGGACACUGGGUUGGUACAUGGGGUGAUGCCAACUACUUCCCUCAAAAGGGUAUUGCAUCCUACACCUUGUCGCCUAACCGCCAACGUUUGUUCCCUAACUUCUGGCACACCGCCAUCUUCAACACCUUCCGCCGCUUCCGUCACCAAGUACUCUACGUUGUACCCCCCUUCGUCGUUGCGUACUCCCUCAUGGACUGGGCCAUUGAACGAAAUGAGUAUUUGAACUCCAAGGCCGGUCGCGCCGAGGCUACCGACUAG